CACUUUUACAACAACAACAAAAGUAGCCAUGGCCACCAACAAAAACACAUCACUUGCCCUUUUGCUCUUGCUCAACCUCAUAUUCUUCUCCUUGACCACUGCUUCGACUUACCCGAUCCCAAAACCAGGUUCGAGAACUCCACCACACCCCAAAACAUGCAACCCAUCUAGCCCUUGUGCAGGGACUCCACCAAACCAGCCACCUGCGACUCCACCUAGCCAACAACCGGGCAACGCAUCAUGCCCUAGAGAUGCCCUGAAAUUUGGCAUAUGCGCCAACCUGCUCGGAAACCUUCUUAAUGUGACCAUUGGAACGCCACCCGUGACCCCAUGCUGCACCCUAAUCCAAGGGCUGGCCGAUCUUGAGGCCGCCGUGUGCCUUUGCACUGUGAUUAGGGCUAACAUUUUGGGCCUCAACAUUAGUCUUCCCAUUGCCCUCACCUUGCUCCUAAAUGUGUGCAGCAGAGAAGUCCCUAGGGACUUUCUCUGCGCUUGAAAAGCGAACUUAAUUCGUUCAUGUAAAGCUUGAAUUAAUUUUAUGCUCAUUAAUCAAGAAUGUGUGUGUGGUUUUACUAUCGUUUGUGUUUGUUUAGAUGUAUUGUGUGAGGGAGACUUGAAUAAUGUUAGUUAUUGUGUCAUGCAGUUUGUGUAAUGGGAUCUCUUGGUCUACUCCUAAGUUGGAACCCCAAGGAAUUGAAUUGAAUUGAAAAUGUUAAUCGUUUUAUCA